GAUAACUGGUAUUACGCCAAUUUCUAAUUACAGUAUUUUGGCAUCCUGCAAUACCGGAAGUACUUCUUAGCACGUGUCACAUUAUAAUCACACGCCGGAAGUAACGCUUAGCACGUGUCACGCACCAACACUUCAGUCCACGCCACCUCUUAUUACUUCCGCCACUGAAAAGUCACCCAGACCUAGAAAAGCAGAGGCUCGUUAGAGCUCUAGGCACUUAUAGCUAUGGGAACUUGUUCCCUAAAGGAAAACAGCACUUAUGAAGAACUCAAACCUAUGCAAGGAGCUGUACUCGGUAUGCUUGCUACACCCGGCGUCGUAGCCAAUGUCUUCGCAAUCAUCAUUAUCGCGAGACUUUUACGACACCAGAAGGUUGUCCCCAAUGUUUUGGUCCUGGCGCUGGCGUUUUGUGAUUUAUUUGGUAUUAUCAAUGUGUGCUGGCCGACUUGGCUUUGUUAUGCGUAUAAUGGAUGGGUUGGCGGUGAUUCCUUGUGCUAUUUUCAAGGGUUUAUAACUUUGUUUGUGUCACUUGGGUCUGGUGUUCUCGCGACCUUGCUGGCUCUGGAUAGAUAUCUCUCAGUGAAGGCGCCGUUUUUCCACAGGGAGAACAUAAGUUUUCGAACUGCGCGAAGGGGUGUCGCUGUCGUGUUUGUGUUUUCAGCUAUUAUAGCCUUUAUGCCGGUAUUAGGAUUUGGAAGUUACGUACGAAACCUGACAGGAACUUAUUGCACUAUUAACUGGUUUGCCGAAGAAUGGAAGGACAAAUCGUUCUCGUAUUUCUUCGCAUUUAUUGGUUUCCUUAUGAUAUUUAUUGUGCUAUUUUGCAACAUUCACGUCGUAGUCUUGCUGAUAAAGCAGAGAAAUUCGAAAAAGAAACUACAAGGUAUGAAAAGCAGGUUCAAACACGUUUCAAAGCCAAAGAAAACAGCUUCGGAAAGAUUGCAACAGCAGUAUCAACGUAUGAUGAUUGUAAUUUCUCUACUCUUCCUUAUUUGUUGGACACCAUUUAUGAUUCGCAUCAUUGGAAACAUUACCGGUAUCUGGUGCAGCUGGUCAGCGGAUCUCCAAGCUUCCCGCCUUCUUUUUCUAAACCUGGUCCUGGACCCGUUCGUGUACGUGCUAGCGCGCAAGCAGUAUCGGGAAGCCUUGUAUCGGCACUGCUGCUGCUGUCUGCCCUGCGUGAAAAAAGGACAAAAAGACAGCAUCAGGAUAAAGUUCGCCUACUCCGCAACCCUCAGCAACCAGAGCGAGCGGAACCGUGCGCAGACCAUUAUAGAGCAGAUUGGGGAUAACAACAACCCGCAGUUUCGCGCGCGAGACGAGCUCGGCUGGCACAUGGUGAGCGGUCAGCAGUAUUCCACGGAAGCACAGGUGCACGAGCAUCCAGACGAGAAAGAUAUCGACGAAAAAGAGAACGCUCGCCUUACGAUCAUCUCCAACAAAGAGAACCGGAAGUCAAUGGCCAUAUUGCGUGACAGUGGAAAGGUCUUACCCCUUGUCACGAGAGAAGAGGUGCGUGACGCAUUAAAGCACUUAUUGGAAUCGGGAAUAGAUAACGAGGGACUCGUGACGGAGGAGGGUUCGGCGACAUUUUUCGAAGAAGUCCUAGCGAUAUUGAAUGUCGCUCCGGAUGGACCGGGUAAAACUAGUAAUGUGUACGAUCGGGAUCAAAGAUACUCACGUCUUGAGGAGGAAAAGCGGCAAGGUAAAAAAAGGAAUUCAAAAAGACAUAGCAAGCCUGAGGUCGCAAAUAAAGCCUUGCAAGUUAUGGAAUACAUUAUGGCGAAGAGGCAAAACUCAGAUAAAUAGAUAAACCUUAGUGUUUGACUAUUCUUGUAGAAUCCCUGAAAAAUAGGCCAUUCCAGCUAUAAGCAUGCGCGCGCACUCACCAUGGAAACCUACCUCAACUACCGGCAUGCAGCGCGAGCUUCGUUUGGUGCAAGCUUGAAAAUGCGCGUGCUGCAUUCUGGUAGUUGAGGUAGGUUUCUAUGGUAACGCGCGCGCAAACUUAUAGCUGGAAUGGCCUAUUAGCGAAACAAAAAAUCUGCCAACUGCCUAGUCCCUGUCAUAAGAUUUCCUGUGGUUGUGACGUCACAAAUGACCUUCUCCCCGAACUGUUGGAGAGCUCCUCCCAGACCAUACGCUUGCUUACUGUUUACCUACUUAUUCACCCCCCCCCCCCCCCCCCCCCCUCCGAUCAAUGUUGGACGUUUUGAUGACAAUGAAGUUUGCGGGACAUUCCCCGGUCGUAUAAUUGCAAGGAAGCUGUUGAUCGAUGUUUUAGGCUAGUUUACUCCCAAAUUGUCCAUUAUUGUAGAUUAAUUUAGCUGUGAGUCCUCUGCAGUUGGCAUCUCCCAUUAAUGCAAAAUUAUCCCAUUGCUUUUACAAUUGUUGUAAAUGUUUGAAAUAAUCAGAUUUGAAAAAAAAAAACGCUUCGACUACUAAUGUCUUUCAUGAACCAUGAUCAAAAUUGAAGGCAGAUUUGUACGCGUACAUAAAGAAGAGAGCGAUGUGUGUUUCAUUUCUUCCAAUAUGAGAGACAAUAGCCCAGUUAAAUCUUAGCUAUGUAAAAGAAAACGUAAUUGUCAAAUGUGGAAAGCCAUAAAUAUUUGUAUAGUGCUGCGAUAAAUAAAUAAAACCAAAAGAAUGCCAUA